AUGGUAACGGCCGACACCCAAGAGAUCCACUGUCAGCUGACGCAGCAGCUGCAAGGAGACGUCCAGAAACGCAGUGAACAGAAGACCGCGCAAAUUCUCCCGCUGAUCCAGGAGCUAAGGGAGGCCGCCCACAAGGCCACGGCCGACGCCCUGGACAUCGAUACAGCAGGUGUGCGGCGAGAGGGCCUAAUAUCACCUUCUUUAUUUUCAAAAUUAGUCGUAUACAUCGGUUUAUUGUACGCGCGUUCAGUCUGUCAAGGAAGGCGCAAUAAAAGCUGCUGUUUCCUUCGAGUUAUUUACUUUGUUAUUUGUUACACCAUCGGACGCGUACCUACCAGUACCUGCAAACUAUUCCAGAAUCGCUUUACAGAGAGGGCCGUGUUCGCCAAGAAGACCAUUCCCGCGCUGACCGUCUUCGGCCCGUUGGUGGGCGCCCUCACGGCCGAGCCGCCAUCGGAAUUCGCAUUUGUUUGUCACAAUGCUGGUGAUGAUGGUACGCGUUAUUUUCAACUGGACUCCGACGCGACGUCCAACUGGAUGAAAUAUGUCAGAUUUGCAAGGAAUGCAGACGAGCGGAAUGUGACUGUCUGUGAGGUGCCGGCAUCGGCGUUUCCGGAUGUCGGUUCCGAUGCGCCGAGCCUUGUCAUCUUUAUGACAACUAGGAUAAUUUUACCAAAUGAAGAGUUGAAAGUUGGCUAUUCCCGUGGCUACUCCGAAGUUGUACAGCGCUUGAGAGCUCGACAUACCGUAUUAUUGGACGUGGCCGGCGCGACUGAGCUUCACCAUCAGGACAUCGCAGCGUCUCUGCCGCAUUCUCAGCCGGAAGCCGCAGCUAGCCAACGUCUAAUCAGUGAGGAUAAUCAAGAGCGCAGCAGCGAUGCCGACGGGACGAACGUGUGCGGUGCCAUUUGGUACUCUGCCGUCAUGCCGACGCCAUCGGAACUCGCUGUAACGGUUCUGAAGCAUUUCCAAGCGAGACGCCGGAGGACGGAAAUGUCAGCAGCGUCACCGUGGCUGGAGCAGUCAGAGUCCGUGCAGUUGCCAUCAGGCUUGACGGCGCAUGUGCAGCGCGUGAUCAGCAAAUGCACGGACCAACGUGCGAACGCUGACCGAUGCACUGUGUCCACCGGAACCCAGACGGACGUGGUGCCCUGUCCUCUGGGCGAAACGACGUACGACGACGGUGAUGAUUCCGCGCAGCCCCCGCGGAACGUCCACUGCAGGCCUGGACUGCCUCAUCGACAGUCGGUUCAUAGCGACGUGAGCAUGGAGUUUGAAUCGGCGAAGACCAGAUUGCCGGUUAAGCAGAUGAAGAAACUUCGGCGUGGGGCGCGCGAAAAAGCGCCGAGGCAGAGCCCCGUCUCCGGGUCGCUUGCCGUGCGAUGUAUGCGGCAAACUGUACCGCUCCCGGAAAAUCCUACGCGUCCACAAACGGGACGUGCACUAUGGCGACCGGAGUCUGCAGUGCGAUGAAUGCGGGCAGCUGUAUGCCAGUCCGGCGUCGCUGAAUAAACACAAACACUGGGUGCAUAUUGGCGACGCACAGGAGAAGUUAAAUCGCGAGUAUAAGAAGGAACGGGGCAUACCCUGCUAUUC